AUUGUUGGUGUUUUUUGUUCUUUCUGCACUCACAGAAGUCUCACAUUUCCUGUGGAAUAUCGGCAAUCUUUCAACAAAAAUCUUUGAUAAAUUCAUCCACUAAAAAUCCCACUUCUGAUUCACAUUGAAAUACAUCUGGGAAAACUCUCAAGGAACAGGAAUUGGUUGAAGAAUGGCAAAUAACGCCUUUGAUCCUUCGUACUUUGCCGCAUUGGCGCAAAGUAUGAAGAAGCGCGAGGAGACGCGCGAGAAGGAGAGGAGAGAUUUGCAGCAGCAAGAGGAAAUCAAGACGGCCAUUCACGCUUUUCUGGGUGCGCAUGAAAUUGAGCUGCUCAUCAGAGAGUUCAAUCCGGCCAAGAAUCCCGAUUUGUACGCCUCUGAGUGGAUCAAUGAGAUCGAAUUGCUGGGCAUCAUACACAAAUGGGAGCCAUAUCACUUGCUCCUUUACGCCAGCAUGAGAUUGUCCGGCGUCGCCAGAACGUGGUACGAAUAUUCGCUGGACAGUAUCAGUGACUGGGAUGACUUCAAGCAAGAGUUGAUCAAUAACUUCCCACGAUCCAUUGACGCGGGCGAAGUGCAUUCCAGGCUGAUGGUGAAGAAGCGCGGUGCCAAUGAGAUGCUCGAAGACUACUUUCACAACACUGUGAAGUUGGCCAAGAGGAUCAAAAUGGACGACGACUCCAUUAAGGAUUACCUCAUUCGUGGACUGACAUCGCCGAAGCACCAGGUGAUCCUGUCCGCUGUUGGAUCGUGUUCCCUCACGGAAUUCCUUCAGCACAUGCAGCGUCUCGAGAUCGACACUCGCUCGCCUCGGCGUCAAUCGCCUCAGCACGAAGACUCCCGUGACAGAUCACGCGAGCGUGCUUUUCCGCCACAGCGCCGUCACUAUUCACCCGACAGAACGUCGAGUGAGCCGAAGAGAGUUCGGCGGGACAAAGAGUGCCAUCUUUGUGGAUCGCAUGAUCAUUUGGCUGCUCAGUGCAAAAGCCGAAGUCAACAUUUUGAUAGAACACGAUCAAAGGAAGUGAGAUCAGACCAACACGCCAGUUCGAGGAGAUCCAGCAAUCCAGGCAAAAGAAUUUGCUACAAUUGCAAGAAGGGUGGCCAUGAGGUGUUGGACUGUCCGAUGCCAAGGCAACCACAGCACAAUUCAGAUCGGAAGAAGCAUCAUUAUGGCCAAAGGAGAGGCAAAUAUGAUGAUUCUGACUCAGAAAUUGAUUUGGACGCUGUCAAUGUUGAUAAUGAGGCUGAAGAUGAUGAUUUGUGGAGAAUAUAG